AUGUCGAUUCAAUCAAAUUCAUCGAAAGCUGUGCCUGCAUUGCUGAAGAGCCUCAAAAAGACCUUCAAUAACUAUAAAAAUGUUUUACCAGGCAAAGAGACCGACCUGCAGACUAUUAAUGGAAGAAUCAACCAGUUGAUGUGUCAACACGAGAGAGUCAAGGAGUGGCAAGAGGAGGUGCUUGAGCUUUUCUCAGACUUGGAUCGCCAUCAUCAUAAGAUUCUAGACCUUGACCAUCAUCGCAAUGUUGAAGUCGCCAACAAUCUCAAAUGUAUCCGUGACAAGCUCACUGAGAUAAUCAAGUCACUCAACCAAUUACAUCCCAAGCAGCAAGAGAACACAAAACAAACCGAUCUAAAUGUAGGCAACUCAGGAUCACAGGAUGAGGAGCACUACUCCCCAAAAUUAUCUUCAUUGGGAAAGAUCAUUGUGGAAGAUCAUGACAAUCCAGUCGUGGAAAGUCUUCGGGUGAGUUACGACUUUCUUGGCGACGAAGUUCAUCUGAAAACUUGCUUUUUGCUUCUUGCAAUUUUCCCUGAAAAUGCUGUCCUCAAGAAAAGGCUUCUCAUUUAUUGGUGGACUGGCGAAGGGCUGGUCCAGGAUGAAAAAGAGGGCGAAGAGAUAUUUGUCAAGCUUCUGGAACACGAGUUAAUCAUACCCUGUCGUACUGGCGCAUGCCCAACAGUGAAUAAAUGUCAAGUUCACCCUUGGAUCCGUUACAUGUUGAUCUCAAUAGCCACAAAUAAGGAGAAGAUUUUGCACUUAGACGACGAUGGCAAUGGCAAGAUACCAUGUUUUGAUCCUAAUCACAACUCUCGCCAUGCUUGUUUGAUCGCUGGUCGGAAAAUUGGAUCCUCGAGUUUUGGUACAUUGAGGACCGUCUUUAAUGUAAACAAGAGCUAUCUUAGUUGGGAAGACGAUUGGCUUUCUAAGUUGAGGAGGUUGAGGGUUCUUCAACUAGGUCGUUGGCAGGCUUCUCCUAAGCAUCACAUAGAAGUCAAAGCCUCCAUUGCUGAACUGACUAGUCUUGAAAUUCUGGAUCUCAAAGCCUGUCAUAAUCUAGAAACUUUGCCUGAUGAGAUCACGUCAUUGAUGAAGCUAACACACCUAGACAUAUCAGAGUGCUACUUGCUGGAAAGCUUGCCACGGGGGCUUGCCAAGCUCACUUCACUCCAAGUGCUUAAGGGAUUUACAAUAGGCAGUGAAGCUGAUCUCAAGGAAAAUGAAUUUGACAGGUUACAGGAUUUAGAAAAUCUCAAGUGUCUCAAAAUAUCUUGGGGUACAUUGAAUAUGAAUCUUAAAGUAGUCUCUUUUCCGCCAUCACUAGAGAAGUUAGAUCUUAAAGGCUUUCCUAAUAGAAAGAUACCAGAAUGGUUACAAGCUAGCAAAUUGACGCAAUUGAAGAAUCUCUACAUAAAUGGAGGAAAUCUUUGUGACAAACCAGUUGGCAAGUGGAAUGUGGAGAUUUUGAUCAUCAAACACACUAAGCUGAAUAUUAAAGAACACGAAGUUUGUGAAUUGUUUCCUUCACUUAAAUACGUGAUAUUUCAAUGUCGAAAAGAGGAAGAUGAGGCAUCUACAGAAUAUCCUGAUUGA